AGUGCAAAGUUCACGUCGGAAAGGUUAUUUGGAUGAAGAAACAUGGCUAACCACACAGUUCUUCACAGCGGUUAUCACCACCCAGUAUUACGUUCAUGGCAGACAGCUAACACGAGCAUUUGUGCGGAGAAUCUCAUCUACCCCAUAUUUGUCACAGAUGAAGAUGAUGACGUUCAGGAGAUCACCAGUAUGCCAGGCCAGGCACGGUAUGGAGUCAAUCGUCUUCAGGAAGCAUUGGAACCAAUGGUCAAGAAUGGAUUAAAGACUGUCUUAAUAUUCGGCGUACCCAGCAAAAUCAGAAAGGACAAUGUUGGUACGGCUGCUGAUUCCCAAAGUACACCAGCUAUAGUGGCCACUCGUCUGCUGAGGAAGUGUUUCCCAGAUCUGCUCAUAGCCUGUGAUGUGUGUUUGUGUCCCUACACGUGCCAUGGCCACUGUGGUGUGAUGAGGGAGGAUGGAAGUCUGGAUAAUGAGGCCAGCAUUAAGAGACUGGCAGAGAUAUCACUAGCCUACGCCAAAGCAGGAUGCCAUAUCAUUGCCCCGUCAGAUAUGAUGGAUGGGAGAGUUGGGGCCAUAAAGGAUCUCCUUCACAAAGAAGGUCUGGGUAACCGAGUGUCAGUUCUCAGUUACAGUGCAAAGUUUGCCUCCUCAUUCUACGGACCAUUCAGAGAUGCUGCCAAAUCUGCUCCAUCAUACGGAGACAGAAAGUGUUACCAGUUGCCACCCGGAUCUGUAGGUCUAGCUGAAAGGGCUGUGGAUCGUGAUGUUGCCGAGGGAGCAGAUAUGUUGAUGGUGAAGCCUGGCCUAGCCUACUUAGAUGUGGUCAGGAUGGUCAAGGCAAAGUAUCCAACCCAUCCUUUGGCCAUAUACCAGGUGUCUGGGGAAUAUGCUAUGCUUUACCAUGGUGCUAAAGCAGGAGCCUUUGACCUGAAGACGACUUUGAUGGAAGUGCUGACCAGUAUGAGAAGAGCUGGGGCAGACAUCCUCAUCUCGUACUACACUCCGCAGGUGCUGGAGUGGAUCAGUAAAUAGACUUAAAGUUGUGUGGUAAACAAACAAAUCUGAUGUCAUUCAGAUGUUACUGAGACAUGCUGAUUUAAAACCAUAUCGUUAAUUCUGAUGCGAAUCUUUUGAAUUUUCUGUACAUCAUGAAUUUAAAAAGAAUUCUGUUAAAAAUGUUAGUACAGAUUAAUUUAUUCAUCAUAUUAAAUCCAACAAUGUUUUCCUCCCUACUGACAUGUAUGGAAUGAAAGUCCCGUUAAGUGAAUGUAUGAGUCUGUUAAUUAUGGACGUCUAUAAAUAGCUGUUUGCUAGAUUACGAGAUAACAUUAUCAUCUGUUAGACUAAGUAUUGUUUUAUCUACUUACCUAUAUAUGGGGAAGGUAGAUCAUCACAUGAAUCUUGGCACUGUACAGCUGAUGGUUGUAAUGUUUUCUGUUUUAUUGAAACAGGAUUAAAUUUAACCACCUCUACAGAAAGUAUUUCACCCUGGUAUUAAAAUUAUAUUGUUAUUUCAUAACGUAUGUACUUUUCAUGGACAUGUACUCUAUAUAGCUAUGGACCAAGUACAAAAUUAACUAUUUUCUGUGAUAAAUUUCAUUUUCAUCCUGUUAUAUCAAAAUAUAAUUGAUAUAAAAUUUUCAUGUUGCAUUUUUAAUAUUAAACUUAUAUAUACUUAGAUGUAUGGUCACAGAUAAUGGUGAUAAGUUACACAAUGAUAAUACUGUGUUGUAAUCUGAUAUAAGCAUAGAUAUAAAUAAAUAUAGGCUGUUUACUUAAUCAGAAAGUAGACACUUCAUAUAAACGGAGGUUUUACCUCAUGCGAUUCAGGAAUUUAUUGAAAAUGUGAAUGAAAUAAAUAAUGUAACAGGUGUAUAAAACCACAAAACCAUUUUUUCAGUGAAGACAUUUUUAAUUCAUGAUCAUUUUAUUUUCUCAUUUUGAGUAAAAAUAGGGAAAAGUAUAGACCCGAAAAAUAACUGCCUUUAAUUUAUUAUUUAUAAAAUUAUACUUAAUCUAGUUCCCUCGGUGAACAAGGGAAAAAUGGGAGGUUGAUAAGUAUGGGUAGUGUAUAUUGCAUUAUGUUACCAACAAACUCUCUGGUGUAAAAUUGCAGUGCAGGAACAUGGUAUAAAAUAUUAAUGUAAGAACAUAUUUCUGACCAACUCAUAAUUUAGUAUACAUGACUGAUGCUGAUUUUUGUUUUUCCCAAUCAGAAUUAGAAUGUGCCAUAUACAUGUACAUGACAUAGGUUGAACACCUGACAAUUUAAUCUGUAUCAUCAAAACACAUAUCAAAUGUGAUUCUAAUAGGAGUUGGAUAGCAUAGCUUUACAUAGCAUAAAUGGAACAUGAUUCUUUGGCUCAGGAGGUAGAACUGAGGAUUGUCACUUUGUUAUGAUCACAGUUAUAGUGGUAGUGUAUAGAUGAUAAACAGUUCACACCAUGAGUUAAAACGCUAAGUACAUUGUAUUUGAUGAUACAUUGUAUAACUUCUCAGUUGAUACAAUUACAAGUCAGCUGGUGGUGGCUUUAUUUAAAACACAAGACCAUGACAAACCCUUAAAAUAAGUAUAGUAAGUCUAAUAAAAGAGUGUUUUAUUGUGAUGUACAUGUUAUUUUUCUUAUAUUUGUCUUGUGCUGUGUCACAUGAGUGUAAGUACUGUAUGUUUGAUCAGUGCACAUAAAAAGUUGGGAACAAAUGAUUGGCUUCCGAAAAAAUAACCUUCAUUGUAUAAUGAUUGAGAGUGAGCAGGGGAAAAAUGACCCUGUAAAUGUGCCUCAUUUGGUUUGAUAAAUGUUUAAUAUCUUAUAUUUGAAGAAUUUAUUUAUAUUUUAUUAUAUAAUGUAUUUUAUUAUAAAUACGUAGAGAAUAAUAUUGAUAUUGUACAUGUAUUAAGUGAUGCAUAUUAAAAGUAUGAAAUAUAUAGAUUAAUCAGAAUUUUUAAUUCAUACUGAUAAUAGACGAUCAGUUUAGAAAGACAUAAACUAUAAAAGACAUAAUUCAACGUUUGUACUAGUGAUUACUUUGAUUUUGUUAUUUUUUAACAGUAAGAUUCUACAUGUACAAUGCAAUACCAAUAGUGAUUAUCUAUGCCCGACGACCAGACUUAUUGUGUUGGAAUUGUUUGUUAAAUGUCUAUAUUUCUCCCUCUUUUUUUUGUCUUUGUUUGGAUCAUUUAAGAACAUAUUUUUUGUUUUCAAUAUUAAUGAUUUAUUGUCAUGUUUGGAGAGAUAGUUUUAGGUACUGUUAUUUCCUUUUGGUACAAGUGUCCCCCCAGUGUGUGCUGAUAGUGAGAUCUAGUCUAAGUGUUGAUGUAUAUUCCAGGUUAAACAUGUAAUACUACUGGUCGUUAUACAUGUCUACAACAUCAAUAACUAAUCUGAUGAUAGGAUGGAAUGGUAGUAGAUAAUUAUUAUCUUGAUGUCUUAUUUGACAUGUUAUAUAUACCUUAGGCCAUUUACGGUACACAUAGUAACACAUACCUAUAUUAUUAACAACAUGAAAAUAGUAAUAUGUUUAACCUUAAUAUAAUCUGGCCCAAAGACCAGACAUUAUAUAUUUUGAUAUACAGAUGUCUGGUCUCAACUUCUAAGUUAUUUACAUUUCCAGAAAUGCAAUAUUGAAAUAGGUCAGUUACAAAUCAGUAUAUGUCUGUCAAAGUGUCUGGCCUUUGGGCCAGAGGAAACUCUGGUUAUUAUGUGUUCUUUAAAUUUCCAGGAUGCAAUAUCAAAACUAGUUAGUAACAUCUCAAUACUAAUGUAUAAAAAUAUGAAAUUAAAAUAUUUAUUACGUUUGUUGUAUGGAGAUGAACACCACUAAUAUUUUGAUAGUGUAAUAAUUGCAGUGUUCAAGAAGUAAUAAAUAAAUUUGUUGAUUCUUA